ACGACACCGACGUACAACAGAUUGCUGAACAGCGAGAAGUCGCAAAUUGGCUACAUGGAAAAAGCCAGACGCAGAGACAGUGGUGAAAGAACAUAGCAAAAUACAAGGGCAACGUUUUCAAAAUCUAUCUUCAUCUUCGGAAAAGCAAGUCGGGAUGAUAUCGAAAAUAGCAAGAGCAUAAACUACACACGUUAACCUUCAAAACAAACCCAGUAUUAUGAUUUUAUGACGUUAGGAUUGUUUUAAAACGAGAGGUGAAAGAUAGCUUGUUGGAUUGUAGCUAGGGACAGUGUUACUAUAUCCGGAUAGAUAGAGAGACUACGGGAAGCAGAAAGAAGAGAGAGAAAAAUAAACCGUUUCUGGAAAUAAUUUUGUCUUUAAAAAAAUAUUUGGACUAAAACUUUCUUGGGCUUUUGCCUGAAACAUUUUUUGUGGAUUUUGAGCUAGCUUGCUAGCUAUAAAUUGUCAAUCAUGGAAUUGAGAGUGGGAAACCGAUACAGACUGGGCAGAAAAAUUGGAAGUGGUUCGUUUGGAGAUAUUUAUUUGGGUACUGAUAUCUCGGUAGGAGAGGAGGUGGCCAUAAAGCUAGAAUGUGUGAAGACCAAACACCCGCAGCUCCACAUCGAGAGCAAGAUCUACAAGAUGAUGCAGGGAGGAGUGGGUAUCCCAACGAUAAAGUGGUGUGGGGCGGAGGGCGACUACAACGUGAUGGUGAUGGAGCUGUUAGGACCUAGUCUGGAAGACCUGUUCAACUUCUGCUCCCGCAAGUUCUCCCUGAAGACUGUCCUGCUGCUGGCUGACCAGAUGAUCAGCCGUAUAGAGUACAUCCACUCUAAGAACUUCAUCCACAGAGACGUGAAGCCAGACAACUUCCUGAUGGGCCUGGGCAAGAAGGGUAACCUGGUGUACAUCAUCGACUUUGGCCUGGCCAAGAAGUACCGCGACGCCCGCACACACCAGCACAUCCCCUACCGCGAGAACAAGAACCUGACCGGCACCGCCCGCUACGCAUCCAUCAACACACACCUGGGAAUCGAGCAGUCUCGUCGUGAUGACCUGGAGUCUCUUGGCUAUGUCCUGAUGUACUUCAACCUGGGCAGUCUGCCCUGGCAGGGCCUGAAGGCUGCCACUAAGAGACAGAAGUACGAACGCAUCAGUGAGAAGAAGAUGUCUACCCCCAUCGAGGUCCUCUGUAAGGGAUACCCAUCGGAGUUUGCCACGUACCUGAACUUCUGCCGUUCUCUGCGGUUCGAUGACAAGCCAGACUACUCGUACCUCAGACAGCUGUUCAGGAACCUGUUCCACAGACAGGGCUUCUCCUACGACUACGUCUUCGACUGGAACAUGCUCAAGUUUGGCGCCAACAGGGCAGCGGAGGAUGCAGAGAGGGAGAGGAGAGCCGGUGAGGACAGACUGAGACAGGGACAGGCCAGGGCCCCUGCAGGGGCCAGAGGGAUCCCCUCGGCCUCCGGACGACCCAGAGGAGCACAGGACGCAGCCGCACCCACACCCCUUACACCCACCUCACACACAGGUAUGGAGCGGGAGAGGAAGGUCAGCAUGCGUCUUCAUCGUGGAGCUCCUGUCAACAUCUCCUCCUCAGACCUGACUGGACGACAGGACUCACGCAUGUCCACCUCACAGGCUCUCUCUCGUGUCACCCCCAGUGGCCUCCAGUCAGCAGCCCCUCGAUGAGUCCCUCUGUCCCCCAUCACCACCACCAUCACCCUGGAGGGUUAAACCAUGCACGGCCCUAACCAUACCACACACCAACACACACUUCAAUACCUGUAGGACGCUUACUGAAACAACCAGUCAACCCAUCAGAUGCCUGGACUCUUACACAAUCAACCAAUCAAAAGGCAGGACAAGGACCUCUUCAUCCGCUCUCAACUCCAUCCAUCCAACCAGCCAAUCAAAACACACAGACUGAUGCUCUGCCUCUUUGACAUCAACUGAUCUCUGCUAAGUAACACGCUUAUGCUGUUGUAACAGGGUGGACGACUCACACUCACACUCACACACACAGACACAGACACUCACACUCACACUCACACACACGACUCAGAGAGCGUUCAGCCGUGCUCUUGAUAUCACUUUGUCAGAGGACGUCUGGCUUUGGAGGAGAUGAGACGGGGAUGGAGGAGGAGAAACGAGAGGGGAAGGAGGGAUGUUGUUGCCCCUGGCACACCCAGAACAGUCACUGCCCCCCGCCCCCCCCCUGCUAUGUAAACCCUAGCGAGGACACUGACAUGGGGCACACAGACCUACUUAACGCCCCUUACACGCCUCAUCCUCCAUCGCUUCUCUCCAUCUCUCCUCCUCCAUCGCUUCUCUC